AUGAACGACACGACAGACGGUGUAGGUGGCGGCGGUUACGGGACGGCGGUGGCGGGCCAGCCGAUGAUUUACGCGACCGUCGUAGGCGGCUACGAUCAGCUGCAAACAUCUAAGGGGACUAAGUCGGUGGCGAUAGCGGUCGACGAAAUAGAAUCGGCCGAAGGUGACGGCGGUGACAAGCCUUUCGACGAGUCCAAAAUGAUCAAAGUGAGCUCGUUAAACGAGGAUACGUGCCCGGGCAAGGAACAACCGCUCGUGGAAGGGGCGCCGGACGCGGCUCAAAACUCGGAUCGCGUCCUUCUCCCAGUGAAGUCCGGCGGCGCCAUCUUCCGGCCGACCGCGUCAAUGCAGAUGUUGUCCGUGCUGCUCCCAUUGUCGGUCCCCGUCUUAUUAGCCCUUUGUUCGCGCCACUAA